AUGCCGCAGCGCACCAUUGACAUCUACACAGACGCUGCAAUCACAAGCGACAUAGCAAGCAUGGCCUGGAAUCCUGCUGACUGCAAGUCGGCUCGCAAGUUCCGAUGCAGCGUGAACAACGAAUGGGGCUUCGGUAGCGGUGUCCAUGACUUGCUCUGGUGCUUCGUGGCAGCCUUGCAGACGGGUCGCACGCUUAUCCUUGACACCUCCAAAUGGCACUACACCCCGAGUGGCAACUGGUCGACUUUUUUCCAGCCUGUCGCUGGGCCUUCAUGCGAUGGUGUACACAUAGACAAGGAGACCAUCAUAUUCAUGCCGGGGCAAAGAUCUCGCACCGAGACUCGCCGCAGAAUUCUCGAUUUGCCUACCUCCAUUAUCAGGACCUUGGUUGCAAACCACGCGGAGCCCUAUGCGUGGUGGUGUGGGCUGAUCGUGAGUUACAUCUUGCGGCUUCAGAAUUCCACACAGCAGAAAAUCGAGAACUUCAAAAAGAAGAUUGGAUACAAGCGUCCUAUUGUUUCGUUGCAUAUACGGCGCACGGACAAAGAUGGAGAGGCUGCACACCAUAAUGUCAAUGAAUACAUGCAUCAUGCUGAAGAAUUCUACAGCGCUCUGGCACUUCGAGGGGAGACAGUCGAGAAGCGAGUGUUCGUCGCUACCGAUGAGCCAAGCGUCAUUGAUGAAAUAAAAUUCAGGUUUCCAAGUUUUGUCAUCAUUGCAAACAAGCAUGCAUCGACUGAGGCUUCGUGGUUGGAUACCAGAUACGGAAUCAGCGCCCUGGAAAACGUCAUCAUCGAUGUUAAUCUAUUGGCCGAGUCGGACCGCCUCGUUUGCGCUUUUUCUUCUGGGUUCUGCCGUGUCGCAUAUCAAUUGAUGCAAGCAAGGCACGCCAAAGCUGGUUUCGACGCCACGCGCAAGGCGGUGUCAAUCGACGUUGAGUACUUUUACGCCUUUGUGUCUUUUCCGCCUCGCCGAACACUCUACGAGAACAGCGUGGUCACCGCCAACGAAAUCAACUGGACGCGCCCUGGUGUUCUUUUAGAAAAAAUGCACGAUCUAGUAGCACUGCACGAGGCUAAGGAAAAGAAGUACGCGGACGGCUUCAGCGCAAUUCUCCCUGAGGGAUCCAAGAAGUCUGGGCUGUCCUGA